CUUGGACCUCCGUAGAUCAGAGAGCUCGAAAGAGGGAAAGAGAAGGCUGCUGCUAGGGCUCAAUCGCUCUUUCCGUUUUAGGGGUUUAAUCUCUCUACUCUAUUCGAAAGCUAACGUCUUUCGUUCGAAGGUUGUGACGAAAAAUGUAUAGCGGAUCUAGCGAUGGCGAGAGCCACGACACAUCUACGCAGAGGAGGAUCCCUCCGGCUUCCUCAAUGCUCUGGGUUAGAAACCUACGGCGGUACAUUGGUUCCGGAGCUGGAUUAGGGUCCGAAGCUCUAAUGGAGCUUGAGACGAAGAGAAUCUUGCUCGAGAUAUUCAAAGACAAGCAACAGAAAAGUCAGGAAGCAGGCACGAUACCAAGCUUCUACAAGAAGAAACCAGAAGAAGGAUCUAUUAGUCAAAGAGUCCAGAGGCUUGCUAAAUACCGCUUCUUGAAGAAACAAUCGGAUCUUUUGCUAAAUUCUGAUGAUUUGGCUGCUAUGUGGAAUUGUUUGAGAGAGAAUUGUGUGAUUGAUGAUGGCACUGGUGCAGAGAAGAUGAACUAUGAAGACUUCUGUCACAUUGCCUCCGUAUGCACUGAACAAAUCGGCCCCAAGUGUCGUCGGUUUUUCAGCCCAUCCAAUUUCAUGAAGUUUGAGAAGGAUGAGGCUGGGAGGAUUGCUAUUCUACCGUUCUAUCUUUAUGUGAUGCGCACGGUGUCGCUUACACAAGCUAGGAUUGAUAUGAGUGAGCUUGAUGAGGAUUCUGAUGGUUUCCUUCAAUCUCAAGAAAUGGAGUCAUAUAUUUCUGGUUUAAUCCCUAAUUUGGCACAACUGAGGGACAUGCCGGAUGCAUUUACUAACACGUAUUGCCGCAUAGCUUCUCAAAAGUUUUUCUUCUUCUGUGAUCCCCAUAGGCGAGGAAAAGCAUGUAUUAAGAAGAUACUGCUCAGCAACUGUCUGCAGGAACUAAUGGAAUUGCAUCAGGAAAGCGAGGAGGAAGUCACAGACACAGAACAGGCUGAAAAUUGGUUCUCUUUGACUUCAGCUCAACGUAUAUGUGAUAUGUUUCUUGCACUUGAUAAAGAUUGCGGUGGAUCACUGAGCAAACAAGAACUUAAAGAAUACGCAGAUGGGACCCUAACUGAAAUUUUCAUCGAAAGAGUGUUUGAUGAGCAUGUUCGCCGUGGCAAAAGCGGCUCAGGCAAUUCCAGGGAAAUGGACUUUGACAGCUUCCUAGACUUCGUUCUUGCGUUGGAGAACAAAGACACACCAGAGGGCUUGACAUACUUAUUCCGCUGUCUUGAUCUUCAGGGGAGAGGCUUUCUCACAACCGCUGAUAUUCACUCUCUUUUCAGAGAUGUUCACCAGAAAUGGAUAGAAGGUGGGAACUAUGAGCUGUGCAUAGAGGACGUUCGGGACGAGAUCUGGGACAUGGUGAAACCGUCUGACCCAUUGAAGAUCACUCUGGAUGAUCUGUUGGGGUGUAAACAAGGUGGAACUGUUGCGAGCAUGCUAAUAGAUGUGCGUGGCUUCUGGGCUCAUGACAACCGUGAGAACCUUCUUCAAGAAGAAGAGGAACCACCUGAGGAAGAGUCUCAGUGAUGAUAAUGUUAUUUUCCGUGUUGUAUCUAAUCAUCGAGGUCACGUGUGUCGGACAAAGACCAAAAGUCUCUCUACUCUCCAAUCUGAUGAGUUUGUAUCUUUGUAUAAGAAGCUUAUUAGUUGUAAGAAAAUGGCUGCUGAUAUUGUCACUUGACUUCUUGCUUGAAAAUAUGAUUUGAUUACUGAUUC